GCUUACCGUGUUGCGGAGUUCCAUUGCUUUUUUGCCACGCGUUUUCGGGGAAAACUGUGAGUAUGGAUUCCUUUAACUGACUCAUGAUUACAAUAAUCUCCAUAAUGAUUUCCGUUUUAUAAACUUCCAUGCCGGGGCCACACCUUACAUCAUGCUCUAUCUAUUUCGUGUUAUGCUUCAUUCGCAAAUUUUAAGUUUGAGCUUAUAACAAAUGAUUUGCAAUUUUACUAAGUAGUCCAAUGGCGUUUUAGCUCGGGCUGAGGUUAGCUCUCCCUAAUCGGAGUCUUGCCAAUAACUGGUUCUCUCCUAGAUAAAAUGCUUGAAAAACGCAUUACCCAAAUCACGCUGCAUUCUCUUCGGUGCCUAACCUAAACUGUUGAACUAAACAUUUUCAGAGGAUGCACCAACGUAAAAAGCUUCGUCUUCGCGACUGGCUCAAAGAGAUGAUCGAUGCGGGCUUGUAUGGUUUAAAAUGGGAAGGAGACCCGAGGAAGCGAACCUUUCGAAUCCCUUGGAAACACGGCUCUCGGCAUGGCUGGUCUGAAAAAGAUGAUGCUGCUCUAUUUAGAGCCUGGGCCACAUAUACAGGAAAAUACAAAGAAGGAAGGGACCUCCCUGAUCCUCGAAAGUGGAAGACAAAUUUUAGAUGUGCUUUGAAUGCCUUACCAGAUAUUAAGGAGAUUCGCGAAGAGAGUUGUCCCCGUGGAAAGGAUGCUUAUAAGAUUUACAAAAUGCGGCCAGUUCGAGGAAGA